GUCAAGUUGUUGGACAUAUAUUUACACACCACAAGUUAAACUUUACAAAAUUAUGUCGUAAAAGGAUUAAAGGUAAACGAAUGAUAGUAAUAAGUUUAUACAUGAAGAAUAAGAAAAAUACUUUAUUACGUAUUCUACAACUGUCUUUAUUUGGUAAACGAAAAUGAUUAAAAUACUUUUACUUUUGAUGUCUUUAAGUAACCACAAUAAUUUACACGUACACGCAGAAAAGUUCAUUGCGAUAAUGGCACAGUCAAAAAGUCACAUGUUACCAAUGAUUGCAAUAUCGAAGGAGUUAGAGAAGUUAAAUCAUUCAGUAACAUUUGUUGUGGCAUCAAGGAUGAAAACUGACUUGAUAAAUGAUGGAUUUAAUAUUUCAACCAUUAUUGCAAAGAGUCUUGAUCAAUUUUAUUUCGAAGACAUUAUACGAGAGAUGGUUGAAACGAUGAUGUCAGGAGCUAGAAUAAGAGCAUUGACCGAGUGGUUGAAAGGGACCAACGCACUCUGUCAUGGAUAUUUAAAUGAUACGGUGCAUGCGCAAGUACUAGCCGCCCACCAUUUUGAUUAUGCCAUUGUGGACUAUGCACCUACUCUCUGUUUCUCUAUCAUGGCGUAUAAAUUAAACCUGCCGUUUAUUUCUUUAGGGGCCUUUAUUGACCCUUCAGUGAACAGAGUGCCAUUAAACCCAUCAUUCAUGCCAACCCUGUUUUCUAGUUUUACUGAUAAAAUGACUUUCAGAGAAAGAAUUAUAAAUACUGCCAGAUAUUUAAUAUUGUUACUACGUCCAUCGGUACCUUCUUUUGAGAAUUUAUCAGAACGAUAUGUACCAGAAAAACAAAGUGUUUCUAAUGAGAAAAUAAAACAAAUGUCCUUAAUGUAUAUUGCUGAUAAUGAUAUGUUGUUAGAAUUUCCACAUCCGGUCCCGUCGAAUGUCAUCAUGUGUGGUGGACUAGCUGCAGCACCUCCGAUUCAGUUACCUGACAAACUAAAGGAUUUUGUUGAAAACUCAUCAGAUGGCAUCGUAGUUGUGUCAUUCGGAAGCAUUAUCAAGACUCUUCCUUCGGAAACACUCAGCAAAAUGCUCGAAGCGUUUAAUAUGGUAACGAACUUAAAUUUCGUAGUUGCCACAGGAAAAGAGGUCAAGUAUGUUCAAAAUGUGUUGAUGUUGCCAUGGAUACCACAAAAUGACUUAUUAGGACAUCUGAAAACUAAGUUAUUCAUCACUCAUGGAGGUAAAAGUAGUGUUUUCGAGGCUCUACACCAUGGCAUACCAAUGAUAGUUUUUCCAAUUGGCGUCGACCAGCCAGCAAAUGCUGCGGUCAUUACAUCCAAACAUUAUGGAAUAACUAUGGACUUUUAUCAUUUUACAAUUCAAGUCUUAGUAGAAAAUAUCAAAAAUAUUGCCUUCAAUGACCAAUUUAAAUCGAACAUAAUGAGAGCUUCUGCCAUUUUUCAUGGCCGUCCACAAACUCCGUCUGAACGAGCUGCGUACUGGAUUAAUUUAGUUACCAAAUAUGGUAACGAACACUUUCGACAUUCUUCUUUAGAUAUGCCUUGGUAUUCAUUCUACCUUAUAGACAUAAUUAUUACCUUUAUCACAAUAGGAUUUUCAUCAGUGAUGUGUCUACAAUGGAUUUGUUGUAGAGCUAAAAGAAAACACAAACAGGAGUAACGUGAACAAAUGAAUAUCGUUUUCCAGAACAGAAGUGCAAAAUGAUGAAAUGAUUUUACAUACUUUGGGAAUCAAAUAUUCAAGAUAUAAGGUCACAAAGAAUAAGUCACUUUAGUUUUAAAAAGUUAUCGAAGACAGAUAACUAUCAAUAUUAGUUUAUCUUGUUAUCUUUACAUGUGUGUUCUAUGUACGUAAAAGAUUGUUGCAGCAAUUAUAAAUUGGAUACAAUGUCCCAAUGGCAUAGUUAAUCCCUUUGUUUAAUUUUUGUUUUAACAUUUUGGGUACAUAAAAUAAAAUCAGACGGUCUUAGAUUCCCGA